AUGCUACUAGGUCUUCACCACACGAGACAGGGUCAGGAGGUGGCAUGUAAGACCUUCCACAUGUAGCAGGUGGCUAGCGUGUAGGUAGCGUGCAGCGUUGUCAGACACUUCCUGUGGCCCUGAACUCAGCCCCCCCCCCACACACACACACACACACACAAAGCGCGUCUGCACGAACACAUGCGCACAUACGCACGCAGGCAUGCACACACGGACACACACAGAGAGAGAGAGAGAGAGAGAGAGAGAGAGAGAGAGAGAGAGAGAGAGAGAGAGAGAGAGAGAGAGAGAGAGAGAGAGAGAGAGAGAGAGACAGCAUAAGCAACAACACAAGCUUAUUCAGUGCAGAGCUCAAAUGUCCGAUUAUUUAUUUAUGUGGUUGCAUGUGUGUGGGUCUGUGUUUAUAUGAUUAAUUGGGAUUAAAGCGCUGUUAUCCGCUAAUAAUUAAAUUUCCAGGGAGGAACAUUUCCGCAGAAUGUAUUCAGGACCACAUUGAAAAUAAUGUAAUCAUGGUGAAAAAUAAGUGUUGUAUAAUACUUUCAUGUGUCAUGGACAGAGACAGACAGACUAAUAAAAUAGUGUUAGGUGUUAAUGGGCCCACUGCCUGUUUAUGAUAAUUACGCUCUUUCACAGUUGACAGAAGGUGAGAGGUUAUACGCUGCUAACGGGCUGACAAUAGCUACAUUGUGCUCAAUGUGCUAGAUAACACAUAUUCCAAUGGAAAACAUGGCAGCACUGAGAAAGAGGCCUAUUCAGAGAGAGGAUAUUACAGUUUAUGUCCAGCAGUGGGAGGGGGGCUAAAGUCCACGUCCAUUACAAAUGAGCUAAUUAGCAUACUGGAGCAUUCAUGUAUGUUACAAUUGAUGUCCUCAUGGGUGAAUGUUUUACAUUGGUCAUUAUUGUGGACUACUCGUUAGCACCUAUCUUUGUUGUAUGAGAGGUUGUGAUUCUGCCUUGACCUUUUACUGCAGUGGGCUAAAUCAGGGUAACACAGGGUGUUUCUUGAUAUUCUUAAACAAACCUACUUUGAAACCAAAGUGUACACCUCACACACAUGGUUAUGGGCUUUAAAAAAAUAAGACACCUGUACCAUGUCAGAUAUAGAGUUGAAAUGUAUUCCAUUUUGAGUUUGCAUCCCAAUCAUACACUUUAUAUACACAACAGAAGAAUGAGAUAUAACAAAACCGUUUGACAUACACUACCAGUCAAAAGUAUGGACACACCUACUCAUUCAAGGGUUUUUCUUUAUUUUUUUACAUUUUUUUUACAUUGUAGAAUAAUAGUGAAGACAUCAAAACUAUGAAAUAACACAUAUGGAAUCAUGUAGUAACCAAACAAUUGUUAAACAAAUCAAAAUAUAUUUUAUAUUUGAGAUUCUUCAUAGUAGCAACACAUUGCCUUGAUGACAGCUUUUGACACUCUUGGCAUUCUCUCAACCAGCUUCAUGAGGUAGUCACCUGGAAUGCAUUUCAAUUAACAGGUGUGCCUUCUUAAAAGUUAAUUUGUGGAAUUUAUUUCCUUCUUAAUGCGUUUGAGCCAAUGAGUUGUUUUGUGCCAAGGUAGGGGUGGCAUACACAAGAUGGCCCUAUUUGGUAAAGGACCAAGUCCAUAUUAUGGCAAGAUCAGCUCAAAUAAGCAAAGAAAAACGACAGUCCAUCAUUACUGUAAGACAUGAAGGUCAGUCAAUACGGAACAUUUCAAGAACUUUGAAAGUUUCUUCAAGUGCAGUCGCAAAAACCAUCAAGCGCUAUGAUGAAACUGGCUCUCAUGAGGACCACCACAGGAAUGGAAGACCCAGAGUUACCUCUGCUGCAGAGGAUGUUCAUUAGAGUUACAAGCCUCAGAAAAUGCAGCCCAAAUAAAUUCUUCACAGAGUUGAAGUCACAGACACAUCUCAACAUCAACUGUUCAGAGGGGACUGUGUGAAUCAGGCCUUCAUGGUCGAAUUGCUGCAAAGAUACCACUACUAAAGGACACCAAUAAGAAGAAAAUACCUGCUUGGGCCAAGAAACACGAGCAAUGGACAAUUGACCGGUGGAAAUGUGUCCUUUGGUCUGGAGUCCAAAUUGGAGAUUUUUGGUUCCAACCACUGUGUCUUUGUGAGACGCGGUGUUGGUGAACGGAUGAUCUCCGCAUGUGUAGUUCCCACCGUAAAGUACGGAGGAGGAUGUGUUAUGGUGUGGGGGUUCUUUGCUGGUGACACUGUCUGUGAUUUAUUUAGAAUUCAAGGCACACUUAACCAGCAUGGCUACCACAGCAUUCUGCAGCGAUACGCCAUCCCAUCUGGUUUGGGCUUAGUGGGACUAUCAUUUGUUUUUUAACAGGACAAUGACCCAACACACCUCCAGGCUGUGUAAGGGCUAUUUAACCAAGACGGAGAGUGAUGGAGCGCUGCAUCAGAUGACCUGGCCAUGGAGUGCUGCAUCAGAUGACCUGGCCUCCACAAUCCCCCGACCUCAACCCAAUUGAGAUGUUUUGGGAUGAGUCGGACGGCAGAGUGAAGGAAAAGCAGCCAACAGGUGCUCAGUAUAUGUGGGAACUCCUUCAAGACUGUUGGAAAAGUAUUCCAGGUGAAGCUGGUUGAGAGAAUGUCACGAGUGUGAAAAGCUGUCAUCAAGGCAAAGGGUGGCUUUUUGAAGAAUCUCAAAUAUAAAAUAUAUAUUUGAUUGUUAUUUUAUGUGUUAUUUCAUAGUUUUGAUGUCUUCCCUAUUAUUAUACAACGUAGAAAAUAGUAAAAAUAAAGAAAAACCCUUGAAUGAGUAGGUGUGUACAAACUUUUGACUGGUACUGUAGAAACACCAGAUUUCUGUCUUUUAAUAAAAAAUAAAACAAGUUUAUUAGUUAUGAAAUUAGGAUAAAUAUAUAUGAAUAACAUUCCACCCAUGAGGUCACUAGUCAUUUGACUGCAGGAAAGGGCUACAGCAGGGUAUUUAAUUUACAUUUAAAAUGUUCAAUUCUCUGUUAGGUUUAUAGUAGCUUUAUACAGUAGAAAGCUUUUCCUGUCCCUUUGUCAGUGAGUCUUUAUCUAUAUAUAUUAUAUCCUCUCGACUAUCUCUAUAUAUAUUCUCAUCUAUACUCUUCUUCUCUUCUCUCUUCUAUCUUGCUCUAUAUUGCGUCUCUCUCUGUAUCGUCUCUUCUCUCUCUUCGCUCUUCUUCGCUCUCUCUUUUCUAUCUCUCUCUCUUCGUCACUCUCAUCUCUCUCUCUCGCUCUAUCUCUGUUGGUCUCUCUAUCUCUAUCUCCCGUCUCUCUUCUCUCUUCUCUUUAGCUCUCUCUUUCGCCCUCUCUUUCGAUUCCUUCUCUCUCUCUCUCUCUCUCUCUCUCUCUCUCCUCUCUCUCUCUCUCUCUCUCUUUCUCUCUGUCUCUCUCUCUCUCUCGCUCUCUUUCUCUUUCUUUCUCUCUCUCUCCACCUGCUCUGAUGUCUAGAUAUUCUUAAUUGGUUCCCCCCUUUCAAAUACUAUACAUCAAACACUUUCUGAGUGCACUGUACAGAGGCUGUGUCCACUUCAAAGUUAAACUUCAGGUGGCUUUGCCAGACUACCCAUCAUGCAUCGCACCUUUAUGCCCUUGAAUGCCCUCCUCUUUUUACCUGGCUCCUCACCACUCCUCUGACUAGGUUACAAACAGAGAGAGGAGAGCUGCUGAUAAGGUCUAUAGAUAGAGAGGGUGGGAAUGUUUAAAAGGACCAAUUCAGGCGACAGGAUAGAAAGAGAGAGCUAUUGAGAAAGACAGAAAGAGAUGGAGGGAGAGAAAGACAGAGAGAAAACAAGACAGAGAAAGAGGGGGAGAAAGAGAUAGAGACAUCUCUUUGAUUUUAUCACUCUGUAUAUACAGUAUAUGAUGUUUUGCUACUAUCGUAUAUUAGAUAGCCCCAAUGUGUCACAAAGCCUUUCCACAGCACAGCCUCAGACUGAAGAGAUGUUCAAGGUCUAAGACAUUCAAGUAUUACUCUCAGACACCCUUCAGGAAUGGAAACUUGAAUGUCAAAUUCCUUAUAGGGAGAAAGACAAUAAACAUGCUGCUUGACCCACUAAGAAUCCAAUAUUGGAGGAUAUCUCAAUGCAAGGUCAGCAAUUCAUUGGUACUAAAGUCGGUCUAUCUCGCUUUGUGUUUAGAUGAGUCAGUGUGAAAGGAAAGCGUCUGUGUGGGUUUGAAAAACAGACCGCCAUGCACAAUCAUUCACUCUCGGUCUGUAGAAUACCAUGGCUCCGUUUCCAUGGUGAUACACACAUACGCAAACAGGGCUUCCAGAAACUCACAGCUUGGUGGGUUAUUUGACGGAGAGCUUGUGGAAAACAAGACAGCUCCCUCAGCUUGUGUGUGUGUGUGUGUGUGUGUGUGUGUGUGUGUGUGUGUGUGUGCACGUGCUUGUGUUUGUGUAUUCUCAUCGUCACUCUCGGAUUGAGCCAUAAUGUGGACAGUACUUUUUUUGUUUCCAUUCUGUCAUGAAGAUUUCAUCAUUAAACUGAGCAUUUUAUAGCACCCUAGGUGUGCUCAGGCACUGUCAGAUAACAGCUAGAUUGUCUGUGACUGUCUAAAACCACAAGAUUGUCAAUCAAUGGCAGCGGCUGAUAUGAAUUAUGAAUAUGUAGAGAGGCUGUUAUAGACUGAGAAGUGUUUGGGGGUGAAGAGCGAUAUAACCUUGUUUUACAGUAUCUUUACCAAUAGAUGCUAUUACAUGUGUUAGCAUCUCCUUGUUCUCAUAAAAUCUCUGAGCCAGUAAAAUGUGUGAAAGCUGGUUGAGAUCAGACAUGAUUUUGUUUGUACUGUGGCAUGCCACAAUUAUAUGGUAAUCAACACCUGUUUGAUAAUAUGUUAUUUGCCUGAUUUUACUGCGAGAGACAGGGGUAGAAGGGAGAGAGGGAUGGAAAGAGAGAGAGAUGAGAGAAAGAGAGAGAGAGAGAGAUAGUGGAGAAAGCAAGUGAGAGGGUGAGUGGGGGAGAGAAAAAGAGAGAGAGAGAACGAGAGAGAGAGAAACGAGAGAGAGAGAGAGCGAGAAAGAGGAGAGAGAGAGAGAGCGCGAGAGAGAGAGAGAGAAAGAGAGGCAGCGAACGAGAAAGGGAGGGGGAGAGAGGGAAGAGGAAGAGAGGAUCCAGAGAGUGAAAGAGGACAUUAGUAAUCUCCCCAGCUGUUAGUCCUAACAAAGAGGAUGUGCUGGCUCCUGUUCUUUUGUGUCAGUUUAUCAGCAUCUCUGAUCUUAUUUACAAAGCUUCUGGUGGCCUGAGAGCCAGGGACGGGGACGGGGACGGUGCAGGCCCCCAGCCAGUACGUUCAGCCUGAGAGGAAAGGAGGGGAGCACCGAGUCAGAGAUAUGGAGGAUUAUCUCUUAUUAUGGUCAUGCUUCCAUCACUCCAUUAACCUUGUACUGCAUUUCUGAGACUGCAUGCCAAUAUUCCACAGACACACACGCGUGCACACACACACACACACACACACACACACACACACACACACACACACACACACACACACACACACACACACACACACACACACACACACACACACACACACACACACACACACACACACACACACACACAACCACACACACAACCACACACACAACCUCACACAACCACACACACACCCUCCUGGUUUUAGCAGCAGUGGUCCUUCCUCCUCUGUUCCUCUCCCUCUCUCCUGUUGUGGUCCUCUGUAGCUCAGCUGGUAGAGCACGGCGCUUGUAACGCCAAGGUAGUGGGUUCGAUCCCCGGGACCACCCAUACACAAAAAUGUAUGCACGCAUGACUGUAAGUCGCUUUGGAUAAAAGCGUCUGCUAAAUGGCAUAUUAUAUAUUAUUAUACUGUAGCCAGUGUGUGUCCAGGCACAUCAGGCUCAAAGCCUAUCUCACACAUCAUGCACACUCACAGAAAGGCCUUAUCAGAGUGGAAAAGAUACCAAUCCUUACCUCCAGAGACUGAUCCAGCGUUGCUCCACCCCUCUCCUCUCCCCAACCUAACAGGUGGAGCCCUAUGUGAUGUUCAAGAAGUCGGACAAGCCCCUUUACGGUAAUGACCGCUUUGAGGGCUACUGCAUCGACCUGCUGAGGGAGCUGGCUAGCAUCCUGGGGUUCACCUACGAAUUACGUCUGGUGGAGGAUGGCCGCUACGGGGCCCAGGACGAGACCACGGGCCAGUGGAACGGCAUGGUCAAGGAGCUGAUCGACCACGUGAGUCUGGGCCUACCUCACUACUCAGAAAUGAUCUAUGUAAAUUAUUGAUGAUUAAUUUAUGAGGUGGUAAACAGCUAGAGGGCGUGGGGAGUGGGGAUGUAUUUUGUCUGAAGUGUGUAUGACAAGGGUUUGUAUAGGUGUAUUUUGUAUGACAAACAUGUUUUUGGUUUAGAGAGAGAGGGAGAGAGGGAGAGAGAGGGAGAGAGAGGUAGAGAGAGAGAGGUGGAGAGAAAGAGGUAGCGAGAGAGAGGUAGAGAGAGCGGUAGAGAGAGAGAGGUAGCGAGAGAGAGGUAGAGAGAGAGAGCGUGAAAGAGAGAGCGUGAGAGAGGUAGAGAGGUAGAGAGAGAGGUAGAGGGAGAGCGUGAGAGAGGUAGAGAGGUAGAGAGAGAGAGCGUAGAGAGAGAGAGAGGUAGAGAGAGAAGAGAGAAUGAGAGAAGAGGAGGAGAGAGGAGGAGAGAGAGGGGCGAGUGACGAGAGAGAGAGAGGAUGAGAGAGAGAGUGAGAGAGGAGCGAGGAGACAAGGAGAGGAGAGAGAGAGCCAUCAGCUCCCAUACUCGUUCCUGACCAGGUGUACAGCAUGGAUUCUGGUUUGACUCGUUUCCUCUGCAGAGCUUAUUAAAACAAACACUCACACACACACACACACACACACUCACACACACACACACACACACACACACACACACACACACACACACACACACACACACACACACACACACACACACACACACACACACACACACACACACACACACACACACACAGACACACACACACACACACACAAACACACACACACACACACAGUGCCACGGACUAGAUCAUUAAAUUUGACAACGUAAGACCCAGAUAGUAUAAGCUCUGCGCAGGCAGGCAGAAAAAUAACAGGCUCACCACAUCCAAUACUCAAUAUCUGACCCCAUUAAAUAACACUGCAUCUCCCUCAACUGUGGUACACUGGUCCGACGACCAUGUUUGUUUUGAUCAUGCAGAGGCUGGAGGGAGAGGGAUCCCAGGGAUUUGACACACAAAUGGCCCAAUUCCUGCAAGGUGAUUGGAGCGUUGGCCGUUAUGUAGAUAUUAGGGGUGUAACGAUUCGUUUUAACAACGAUUCAAUUUGUAUCACGAUUCGUGGUUGUCGAUACGAUUCAAGGACGAUAUUGGUUCAUUUAGAACGAUACGAUCCGAAACGAUUCAGUGACUUGAAAUCGAUUCAGUAACCUUUUAGCCAAAAAUUCAACCAGUGUGACUGAAAUAAAUACCUGGUAACCAGUUGCAUUUUAAUGGCUGGCAAUAGUCUUUAUAUUUUGAACAGUGUUUCAUGCCUCCAUGCAGACAAUCUGGUAUUAUGAAACUUACCCAGUUCCACAAAGGAGAUCCCAUUUUCUUCACAUAGCUUUAUUCAGUGCAGCAGUUUUUUUUGCUCUAGCAUCGCUCACACCAUCAGCGGGGAGUUACGAGCCAAGUUGCAGUCUGCUGAAUUUUGGGGGCUGCUUUUUGAUGGAUCUGAUGUUUAGCUUUAUGGAAAGAGAAAAAUAUUAAACAGAGCUUGCCGUUGUUCUUCAUUCAGCUUGUCUCGCCAUCUGGCAAGUGGGCGACUGGACAUUUAUUCUCGGCUAGCUUUUAGCAAUGGCUUGCGCCACAUUCGUGUGCUCCUUGCUCUUUUCAUGUUUGUCAAAUAAAGGAUGGUUGAAAUUCUUUGAGCCUUUAUAAAAUGCACCUGUUUUGUCUGCUAGAUGUGGAUUUGAGCGGCAAAUCUUGCACCACAUUUCAGUGCGCUCAUCGUUAGCUUCAAGCCACUGCACAUCUUGGAGCCACUUUUCCGAAAAAAGUAUUUUCUUCGGGCUCUGGCUCCAGUUGGCGUUUCUUUGUAGGUGGCGAAACGCCAAAGAAGCUGCUUAAUGUCUGUUGCUUUUUGGACAUCCCUGACAGUAGUUGACAAGCAACAUGUCAUGUGUAAGGUUAGAUGAGAAGAUCGGUCAAGUACGCAAAGGCGCGUAGUAACACAGGUGGCAUUACGCAUUCCUGAUUUUUGUCGCGCUUGCGUAUCUGCGUACCAGUUAUGUGCACCCCUGCAUAUAAAGUCUGACGUGCUUAAAUCCAAUGGGUUAUUUCCUAGUAUCGAUACAAUCGAUUUAUUACAUUUUAAAACGAUGUUAGAUCGAUAUAUGUUGUCCAAAAGGCCAACUCGCCGAGCACAGAUCGAUGUAGUUGGAUCAUAUGAAUAUAAAUCGAUACAUCGAUGUAGUAGAUGGAUCGUUACACCCCUAGUAGAUAUAGAACCACCUAUCUCUAGACAGCAUCCCAAAUGGCACCCUAUUUCCUACAUGCUGUAGUGCACUACUUUUGACCAGGGCCCUAAAGUAGUGCACUAUAUAGGGAAUAGGGUGCCAUUUGGGAUGCAUAUACAGUUGAAGUCGGAAGUUUACAUACACUUAGUUGAUUGUGCCUUUAAACAGCUUGGACAUUUCCAGAAAAUGAUGUCAUGGCUUUAGAAGCUUUCGAUAGGCUAAUUGACAUAAUUUGAGUCAAUUGGAGGUGUACCUGUGGAUGUAUUUCAAGGCCUACCUACAAACUCAGUGCCUCUUUGCUUGACGUCAUGGGAAAAUCAAAAGAAAUCAUCCAAGACCUCAAAAAAAAAAUUGUAGACCUCCACAAGUCUGGUUCAUCCUUGGGAGCAAUUUCCAAACGCCUGAAGGUGCCACGUUCAUCUGUACAAACAAUAGUAUGCAAGUAUAAACACCAUGGGACCACACAGCCAUCAUACCGCUCAGGAAGGAGAUGCGUUAUGUCUCCUAGAGAUUAAUGUACUUUGGUGCGAAAAGUGCAAAUAAAUCCCAGAACAACAGCAAUGGACCUUGUGAAGAUGCUGGAGGAAACAGGUACAAAAGUAUCUAUAUCCACAGUAAAAUGAGUCAUAUAUCAACAUAACCUGAAAGGCCACUCAGCAAGGAAGAAGCCACUGCUCCAAAACCGCCAUAAAAAAAGCCAGACUGUGGUUUGCAACUGCACAUGGGGACAAAGAUCUUACUUUUUGGAGAAAUGUCCUCUGGUCUGAUGAAACAAAAAUAGCUGAUUGGCCAUAAUGACCAUUGUUGUGUUUGGAGGAAAAAGGGGGUUACUUGCAAGCCGAAGAACACCAUCCCAACCGUGAAGCAAGGGUGUGGCAGCAUCAUGCUGUGGGGGUGCUUUGCUGCAGGAGGGACUGGUGCACUUCACAAAAUAGAUGGCAUCAUGAGGAAGGAAAAUUAUGUGGAUAUAUUGAUGCAACAUCUCAAGACAUCAGUCAGGAAGUUAAAGCUUGGUCGCAAAUGGGUCUUCCAAAUGGUUAAUGACCCCAAGCAUACUUUCAAAGUUGUGGCAAAUUGGCUUAAGGAUAACAAAGUCAAGGUAUUGGAGUGGCCAUCACAAAGCCCCGACCUCAAUCUAUAGAAAAUGUGUGGGCAGAACUAAAAAAGCAUGUGCGAGCAAGGAGGACUACAUACCUGACUCAGUUACACCAGCUCUGUCAGGAGGAAUGGGCCAAAAUUCACCCAACUUAUUGUGGGAAGCUUGUGGAAUGCUACCUGAAAUGUUUGACUCAAGUUAAACAAUUUAAAGGCAAUGGUACCAAAUACUAAUUGAGUGUAUGUAAACUUCUGACCCACUGGGACUGUGAUCAAAUAAAUAAAAGCUGAAAUAAAUCAUUCUCUCUACUAUUAUUUUGACAUUUCAUAUUCUUAAAAUAAAGUGAUGAUCCUAACUGACCUAAAACAGGGAAUAUUUACUAGGAUUAAAUGUUAGGAAUUGUGAAAACUGAGUUUAAAUGUGUUUGGCUAAGGUGUAUGUAAACUUCCGACUUCAACUGUAUACUGUAGGCAAGCAGGAUCUGUGGUGGACAGACAGACUCUACAGUAAUUGGCCUGGACAACCCUUCACAGGAGUCUAUACUAACUAACCAGGACAUGGCGAAUUGAGCUGAAGAAGCUGAACAUAUCCAGUCAAAUGGAGUUGAAAGAAAUCACUUGUGCUCUCUGACUAAUGCUUAGAGACAUAUAACUAGAGUACUGUAGAUGCACCUGGAUACAUUCAGUUGAAAUAGGACCUGUUCAUGAGCUAGAUUAAAUGAUCUAAAUAGGAUCAGGUCAUGUCACUUGGCCUUAAAUUACAUGGAACAAAUAAAGGCAGCCUACCUCGUAUGACUACAGAUGAUGUCCUGUUUAAUAUCAGAAAUAGUUCUUCAUACAUUAUAGUUCCUGGGACCAAACCACCUCAUUCAAUCUAGAUUGAUGUAUGACAACCUUCAUGGCGACGAACAGGAUAUUUACUUGAGAAAUUAUGUUGCUGACCUUGCUGUGAGUGUUUAGCAUGUACCUGUGUCACAAUGAAGCCACAGAUUUAUCAACCACACAGAGGUUUAACCCCACAUAGAGAGACCGGAUUGGUUGGGACGUUUCGAAUGUGACUCGAUUGAAAGGUCAAGGUCAACAUACUGUAUUAACAUGAAGAAUGACUCCCACUCUGAGCCAUGGCGGAGGGAUACUUACGGAUGGAAUAUGAGUGAUGAGACUGUGGAAAGCUUGUAGAUCAAAAAGUAGAACUCCUGAUUCAGGGUUGUGAAGAAAUAGGGUUAUUUUGAAAUAACAUCUAAAUAUGAUCCUCUCAGAUCAGAGACACAAUAUAAGAUGUAGAUUUCUGUGUUCUUAUGAGAAUGACGAUGGUUCAACGUUAUCUUGUUUUCUGGGCACAAUUUCUUCCAUCACUCACGCCCUCCCUCCUCCACCCUGAAACUCCUCUGCCCCAGUGGCUGUGGUCGAUAGGACCAUAGAGUUUAAAAAAAAAUUGGUUUAGGUUCAAUGUCGGACAAGGAAAGGAGAAGGGGGAUAGAAAGAGGAUAUAAAAGGGGGGGGGGGGGGGGUUGAGGGAGAGAGUGUGUGUGCGUGUGUGUGUGUGGCAGCGAGGGAGUGUGUGUAGGAACGAGAGAGAGAGAGAGAGAGAGAGAGAGAGAGAGAGAGAGAGAGAGAGAGAGAGAGAGAGAGAGAGAGAGAGAGAGAGAUAGAAAGAGAGAGAGAGAGAGAAAGAGAGAGAGCAAGAGCUAGAAGGGCUCUAAAUAUCCUCCUAAGUGCCGUGGGACAGACUCUGUGAUGUGUAAAGGCCCUGUUUUCUUAAUUUGAUUGGCUCUAAACGCUUCCUGCGCCCCUGAUUUACAGCCUAUCCCUCUUCCCUUUUAUGUUGUCUGUUGACAGAAAGCUGAUCUGGCAGUGGCUCCCCUGGCCAUCACCUAUGUGAGGGAGAAGGUCAUCGACUUCUCCAAGCCCUUCAUGACGCUGGGGAUAAGUAUCCUCUACCGCAAACCCAACGGAACCAACCCUGGGGUCUUCUCCUUCCUUAACCCCCUCUCACCCGAUAUCUGGAUGUAUAUUCUGCUGGCUUACUUGGGUGUCAGUUGUGUGCUGUUUGUCAUAGCCAGGUAACAUGUCAGUUCCAAUGAUCACAGCUAAUUAAUUCACACACUAUUAUAUGCUAACGUCUUAAUUAAUUAACCUCACCCCAUCUGACUAACAGGAUAAUCUCUCUGUGAUUAUGUUACGAUCUUGACACUAAGUAGACUAUAUCUGUUAGUGUAUUGUCUCCUACUCACUCAGAUGACACAGACUUUAUAGGCAGCCCCAUACUGAAAAACUCAGAAACACAUUCACUCAAACUUUUAAUAAUGCAACCAACUUUGAAGAAAAAGGUACAUGGAUAAAAGUCUAUAUAUCUGAGGAAAGUAGAUUUUCCAGCACACAAAGACAGUUCCCUAUGGUUCCCUUUCAGCCUUCUCUCCCAGUAUAAUGGAGGAAGGGCAGAGUGCUCCCUAUCAGCAGGCCGCUCUAGAGAUGCAGGCAGGCAGCUGCUGUUAAGUGAUUCCUGGGUUGUCGCUGUGUCUCCACACAUCACUGCUGUUCCCUGGUCUGCCACAACGAUCUGCUGCUCAGGAGAUAAUGCACACAAACACAAACCUUAGGAGCAGAGACGUUAAACCAGCCGUUUCAGGACUGCGUGUGUGCGGUAUGUGUGUAUGUAUGUGUGUGCUCCUCGGUGUGAACGGCUGCUGCCUCCUUUUCGCUGUAGUCUCCAGUGUCUCAAAGUCACUACUGUCUUUUCUUUUCUGUUUUUUUCUUCACCUUGCCUCAAACAUACCGGGUCAUAGAAUCUACAUAGGAAUAAUAUAAGCACAGUAAGAACAUAUUAGUUAUGUAUAGAAAAAAACGACAGAUGUGGCUGACAAUUAAAAAAGCUUGAUCACUUGUAAGGUUGAUCACUUGUUUGUACAGUAUAGAUUGUCUGGGUUUUUGUAGGAUUAUUGUAGAAGCGAAGAGAGGGUAUGAAGAGUGAGGCUUUUAUGUUUGUUGUCAGGACGCAAGGUAAGCUGGUGUGUGUUAGAACUUGAGGUAAGAUGCUGUGUGUUAGAACUUGAGGUAAGAUGGUGUGUGUUAGAACUUGAGGUAGAUAGUGUGUGUUAGAACUUGAGGUAAACUGGUGUGUGUUAGAACUUGAGUAACUGGUGUGCUAAACUGGUAACUGGUGUGUGUUAGAACUUGAGGUAAGAUGGUGUGUGUUAGAACUUGAGGUUAGAUGGUGUCUGUUAGAACUUGAGGUAAGAUGGUGUGUGUUAGAACUUGAGGUAAGAUGGUGUGUGUUAGAACUUGAGGUAAACUGAUGUGUGUUAGAACUUGAGGUAGAUAGUGUGUGUUAGAACUUGAGGUAAACUGGUGUGUGUUAGAACUUGAGGUAAACUGGUGUGUGUUAGAACUUGAGGUAAGAUGGUGUGUGUUAGAACUUGAGGUAAACUGGUGUGUGUUAGAACUUGAGGUAAGAUGGUGUGUGUUACAACUUGAGCUAAACUGGUGUGUGUUAGAACUUGAGGUAAGAUGGUGUGUGUUAGAACUUGAGGUAAGAUGGUGUGUGUGUUGUCAAACUCAUCAGGAUUAGUUGAUCGGCUAGUUAUCAGCAUCUGACCCUGCGCAUACAUUGGGUUGAUCUGAUCCCUAAUAACUGGUUUUGUCCAAAAUAGCACCCUAUUUCCUAUAUAAUGCACUAAUGUUGAUCUGGGCCCAUGGGGCUUUGUUCAAAAGAAGUGCACUAUAUAGGGAAUAGGGUGCCAUUUCAGUCUCAGCCACUGGUCCACUGGUGGAGGAUAGGGCCAGUCCUGUAGGAACUUUAGCAUAACGUUUACAGAGAACGCUAACAUUUUAUUGAAAUAUUCAAUCAUGAUGUAGUGUAGAAGAUUUAAAUGUAAUUUAGCUUUUACCUGUGAUAAACUGUUUUGUGUUGACAUUUUAUAUUGAUGGAUACCAUAUUGGUUAGGAUGAAUUUUUACCAAUAGUAGUACGUUUCAGUUCAAGCAUUCUUAUAUUUUUCAUCUUGACCUUAAAGGCUGGAUAUUAUGAUUGAAAUAAGAGCAAUGGCAUUGUAGAUGGUCUAAUGCUAAGCAAAAUACGUUUUUAUGUGGGUAGUAGUUGUGUAUCUUUUGUUUUUUUUGUUCAGGCUUAGUUCUCAGACAUGGGAAAGUAGGGCAGAGUUUGACAUUUUUACAUUUACAUUUUAGUCAUUUAGCAGACACUCUUAUCCAGAGCGGCUUACAGUUAGUGUAUUCAUCUUAAGAUAGCUAGGUGGGACAACUACAUAUCACAGUCAUAGUAAGUAUGGGGGGGGGGGGGGGGGGGUAUUUAAGAUACUCUUUGAAGAGGUAGGGUUCCAGAUGUUUUCGGUAGAUGGGCAGGGACUCUGCUGUCCUAGCUUCAGGGGGAAGCUGGUUCCACCAUUAGGGUGCCAGGACAGAGAAGAGCUUGGACUGGGCUGAGCGAGAGCUGCCCUCCUGCAGGGGUGGGACGGCCAAGACACCAGAGGUGGCAAAACGGAGUACUCAGGUUGGGGUGUAGUGUUUGAGCAGAGCCUGAAAAUAGGGAGGGGUAGUUCCUCUUGCUGUUCCGUAGGCAUGUACCAUGGUCUUGUAUCACUCCCCUUGAUCUGGUGGCUCUCAUCUGACUAUGGCCAACGUUUGAGGCACGGUGGAGAAGAAGAGACAGAAAAGUUCAUGUUAACUCUAAAACUUUUGGGGGAGCGUAACUCCUUUGAGUUGUACACCCAAUAGUUUUACAGUUAAUGCACGUGUGUUUUCCAAUGUUACUGGCGAUAUGAUCACACAAGAGAAUAAAACGCUGCAACUGUCAUCUAAGUUGGUUCAGAAUAUGCACCUAUCUUUUUUAAAUGAUCACAGUAAGUAAGUGUUGUUGGGUAAGUGUUAAAAUAUCCCUUUCACUCUGUUUGUUGCCCCCCUUCAGACACUAGGCAUGGUAGGGCAUCAGUAGCAUGCAUAUAUACAGUACAGUGUAGUGGCACAAGCCUCAGUCGUUCUCUGGAAAGGUAACUAAGCUAACUGUACAUAUUUAUGUGUGUGUACACAUUUUAUCUAUGUACGCUUGUGUGUGUUCUGUAUGUGUGAGGGGGUUUAUGCUACUGUAUGCAUGGGUGUGUGUGUGUGUGUGUGCGUGUGUGUGUGUGUGUGUGUGUGUGUGUGUGUGUGUGUGUGUGUGUGUGUGUGUGUGUGUGUGUGUGUGUGUGUGUGUGUGAAUGCCGUAUAGGUGACAUUAUAAGGUCUGGUUUAGGCUCCCCAAACUGAUCUACAUGCCAUAUUUAGAAACACUGUCAGGAUACAGUGGGAAAACCACAAGAUUACAUGAUUUAAUAAGUUAUCCUCCUCAAUAUCAGCAGUUGUUGUUGUUGUUGUUGUGGUAGGUGUUGUUGUUGUUGUAGUUGUUGUUUUCCUCUAAUAUAUUUCUUACACUGCUCCUUCUUCCUUUGUUAUGUAGGUGAUUCAAUGAAACAGCUGAAACAGUCUCUAUUGUACAUCCCACCACCUUCACACCAUCUCUGUGCAUUAUCACCUUGUUACAGUUUGGGGGAAUCAAAUUUCCUGCCUCUUCCUUAUCAAAUGAAAUUUAAAAAGAUAAAACUUGGAGAGGAGCGAACGGGCUCUCUUAUCGUCAACAAUUUAUCAAAACAUUUAUGCAGGAUUCUCUCUUUCUGUCGGCCAAUCGUUUAAUUAUGUAGUCUCCUACUAUUGUUACAUGUUGUUGUCACAUGACUGGUGGAUAGAAGACUGCCUCAAUAUUACACAGUCUCUCCUUCAUUUGUGUUACUGUGAAACAUAGUACAUCAUAUGUUCAAUACACAGUCUAACACCGUCUGCUUCAUUAACUGCAACAUGUUACAACAUGCUCAUAUAACAGGCAGAUUUCCCACCCCUUGUUCUACAUUUGUAGAGAGGGACCGAAUGUAAUGGAAUUUCUAUUAAACUCUUCUGCAUUUCUCCUCCAUUAGUAGAAUGAGACUCUCAGUGUGCUCUCUAUAACCCCAUGCCUCUCACUGCAACACUACAGAUAUAGAUUUUUGAUCAUCCUGGAAAUAGAAGCAAACAACAGCAUUUGAUUGAGCUUUUCUGAUUGGUUGCAAGGUUUGUGUAUAGAGAGACAUAUAUAAAUGUAUUUUUUCAAGCCAUAUAGAAUAUUAUACGGCAACAGCCUCAUUCUAACGCUGUUGAUUGCUUGGAAGGUUCAUAGGAAGCCUAUAGAGAUAUAUAGCCAUGUCUUUUCCACAGCCAUUUAGAAUAGAAGAGACCAGCAACAGCCCCAUUGUAGUGCUCUCUCUGUGUUGAUUCAUCUCCCCUGACAUUGGUGUUAUCAGGCGUAUCAUCUGUUGAGUUUUCAGCAGGAUGACCCUAUAAAAAGAUAAAAGACAUUGUUUCUUCUCCGCUGCUGAGUUCCCUUCUUGCCUGCCUGCCUGCCUGUCUGUGGUUAUCUUUCUCUCUCUCUCUCUCUCUCUCUCUCUCUCUCUCUCUCUCUCUCUCUCUCUCUCUCUCUCUCUCUCUCUCUCUCUCUAUCCGCUCAGUGGUGACCUUACUCAAAGUCUCUCCCUCUGCGGCUCUGAUGACCUGAGAUAACGUAAGGGCGGUGUAAUUGGAUCAAACUGACAGCUAACUGAACGGGAUGGGGCCGGCGGAGUGGCCGGGCAGCGCUACCUUCAAAGGCAGGUUAAGCUGCUGCUAGUGGUUCUCCUCGUACGGCGACGGGAUUGUUUAGUAUUCCCACCGCGGUAAGGUAACUCCCCGCCUCUUACCCCACCCUUUCCUAGUAUGCUCAGGCCAUCUACGGAUGUAGGAUGACAAGCUGGCCCAUUCGUGUUCCUGGCUUGUGGUAAUUGGCUUUGCUCAGAGAGAUCUCCACUAAGGGGGUCCAGCCAGGGGUACCAGUCACUAGUCACAUACAUCUUGCCAAGGUCACAGUUCACAUGAACUCAAUUUGGCAUUGCAAAUUGACAAGCAAGCAAAGCUGGGGCAAAUUGAGUAGACAGAUUGAUUUAGGGCCAAGGAUUGUGUUAAAACAAGGAAUGGUGUGAUCUAAAGGACAUUCAGAGGUCUUGGAGCUAGACUAGAAUACCACCUUGAGUGUGACAUGGUGGAAAGGGAGCGUGCACUAACCACAUUAUAAUGGCCAAGCCCAUUAUUCAAUGACAAGGUGCAUGUUCUGAUGCUGUCAUAUUAUCCAUACUGUAAUAUGUCUUAAUGCUGUCACCAAUAUAUAGCUAUAUAGACUAACCGGUGACCGUAGACUAACCGGUGCCCCCGCACAUUGACUCUGUACCGGUACCCCCUGUAUAUAGCCUCCCUACUGUUAUUUUAUUUUACUGCUGCUCUGUAAUUAUUUGCUUUUUUUAUUUUCUUAAAACUGCAUUGUUGGUUAAGGGCUUGUAAGUAAGCAUUUCACUGUAAGGUCUACACCUGUUGUAUUCGGCGCAUGUGGUAAAUAAAAUAAAAUUAGAUUAGAUUAGAUUUGAUAUAUCUAAGCCACCAAGACCCCAGAAAAUGAUACUAAGCUGACAAGUAACCAUGCUGGAUUGUCUACUGUUUAAUUCUUUCUAUGGAAAAUCUGAUUUUUUUUCAUUGGAUAUUAUUGUGGACUUUUGGAAUUUAAUAGCUUCUAGUGAGUCAAGUCCACAGAUUACAUCCAUCGUCUAUUCAAUUUGAUUAGUCAUAUACUCCAACCAGGGGGGAAAAAAAGAUAUUGCUCCUAUGAUUCCACAACUACAGCACAAACCAAAUUGGGUCAGGAUGCUUAAUUGUAGCCCAAUCAACCUUUACUAAUGUAAUGUCACUUUUAUUUAACGUGAAUAAAUGGGAAAUCUCUUUGCUUGAGGAGUGAGCUGAGCUGAAGCUGGAGCAGAGCGGAGUGAGUGGGAGUGAGUACCGCACAGCACAGCACAGGCAGGCAGGCAUGAUGGGAAUUAACUGUUUGAUCUGUUGAAUUUUAAUGCCAUCUGUAGAUUAGAAGGAUUAUUAGUGCUUUUCUCAAGUGACAUUUAAGUUCUUUUCAGAUCCCAUCGAUUAAAUGAUGGAGUAAAUUGCCUUUGAUAUGAGCAUGUCAACAUGAGCAGUGUGUUUUGGACUGACAAGUGGUGAGAAGGGUUGUUUAAAUACUUCAUCUGUCAUCUAGAAGAGAUAAUAACAAAUGCAGACCUGAGUGACAUGUAAAGGGAUGGUGUACGUCAUAUUGUUGUUUGGGAUGUUUUGUUCGUUUUAACCGACAUGUUACACUCUAAUUGAUUAAUUGUCCUAACAACAACUAAAAUACAUUAGCGUACAAUGACAAUUUCUAGCGUUACCUUGUCGGGCAGUAUAUGGGGUAUAUGUUCCCAAUAUCAAGAUGCCAAAGUAUCACAUAUUGUUGUUGUGAUCAAUAACUGACUAACCUUUGUUCCUCUUCCCUAUCUCUCCAGGUAGGCCAAGCCAAGCCAGUACUGGUCUGCAACACUGUCUGUCUGUUCUAUUAGUGCUGAACACAAGUGAAAUAAACGUGUGUAUGUGUGUGUUCUCUGUCGAUUGCCACAGGUUUAGUCCCUACGAGUGGUAUAAUCCCCACCCCUGCAACCCCGACUCGGAUGUAGUGGAAAACAAUUUCACCCUGCUAAAUAGUUUCUGGUUCGGAGUUGGAGCUCUCAUGCAGCAAGGUAGACGCCUCUGCCUGCCCCUCUUUAGCACACGUCCCACUCUUUUGCUGGGGGUACAAACUUGCUCAUAACCUGGCCCACAACCAUGCAUGGGGGCCUCUGUGCAUGUAGCUGGAAGCGGACUGACUGACUGAUUUGGUUGCGUCUGUCCGUCCACAGUGUGGAUCUUGAGAUCCUGGAUGAUGAGCGUGAUUGAUUGAUUGAUUGAUAGGAUAGGAGAGCCAGGCGUUUUCCCCCCCUCUCCUAUCUCCCAUCUACUGUACCCCUCCUCUGUCCCCAACCCCACCCCACCUGCCUCCCUCCCUUCCCCACAGGUUCCAGAACAGGUAAGUGCUGUCCCCCAUGUGUCAGAAGGUAAAGAGCUAGGUGCAGAGAGAAUGAGAAUGAGAGCUAAAACAGUGUGCUGUCUCUUAGCCUGCCUCAGUCUGGUUUUGUUUCCUUCUGCCAAACCGAUGCCAUAUCUUCUCAACUAGUGUUUGCGUCUUUAGAUUGAGAAAAGCAAAACAAAACUAAAGGAACUGCAUUAGGGCAUCACAUGAAAUGAAAUGGAAUGAUUUCAUUCAGACUUGUCAUAUCGACUGGGACUGCAUGCCAAGACGAGAUAUGUUGCAUUUUCUAAUACAUUAUUUUUUUCAUUCCCUGAGCAAUGCAACAUAUUUGAAAGCAGCGUUAGUUAAGUUAGCGAUGAUGACAGUAAGGUCUGCAGCAUGGUUAAAACAGCCUGUGUCUGCCCUGCAUCUGAUUUGGACCAUGGAAUGGAACAUGGAGAAGACUGACUUACCUAGGCAAAGUUCUGCCCGGAUAUGAAUCUUUUGGAGAACAAUUUUCCGUUUUUUUUUUUUUUACUGGCCAUUGUUGAUGGCUGGUUGCAUGCAAUGAAUUGGCAUGCAAGCCUUAAUACUAUUUUAAAUGAAGUUGAUUGAGUGAUUCUUUUGCAGGUAUAAUAAUUGUAGAUUUGAAUACUGUGAUUGGUAAGAGUCUAAGUUUUAAGAAAAUAAACACAUUGAAAUUGACAAAAUCUAACGGUUAGAACUCUUGGGACUCUUAUCCACCUUGUGCAGGUGUGUAUAAUGAAGAUACCCAUUUGGGUAGGUUUUUGGCCUCUGUAUUUGUGUUAGGCAAUUCUACAUAUUGCACAGGUUAAAGAUGCAUCAUGGCUUGAGAAAUGUUAGCUUCUGUAUGGGCCAUGUUAAAUGUGUAAUGGAUAUUCUAGGGUAUCUUAGAGCUUGCUGGAAUGUUUUCAUAAGUGUGUCAAGGGUAGGUCAGGGUAUCUGAGUGUAGUAAAGUAUGCUGUAGAGUAGGUCUUAUAUACCUGUCAAUGUAACGGUGUUAAGUCCUGUAGUUGAGAAGAUGUGGCUGUAGGGCAGAAGGGUUUUGGGGGACGAGACAAACAGAGGAGCACACUGUGCCUGUCUGCAUGGCGUCUCUGUGACGACCGCGCUGGCCUACACUGUAGAGAGGCUCCCCUGCUCCCGCGGCUUGGCCCCGCCCCCAGAAAACUGUGGGAUGUGCAGUUUGGACAUGACGUUACCUUGGGUACAUGACAGUCAGCCCCAACCAGGUUCAGUUGCUUUGGCUCUGACGCGCUCCGCUCCUGGGCGGUUGGUCGGUCUGUUGCAUAGUAUUGAGCCUCUAUGGCCUCAACGGGGUAAGGUCUCUGAGCUGGUAUACAAUGUUGUUCCACUGAACACAAAGCUGUCUCUGUUUUUCCUGGUCAUGUCAUGUGUCUUGCUACUGUGUCUUUUCUGUGUUUGUUUUCAUAUAGUUUGUCUUUUUUUCCUAAUUUGAGUGGUUUGACCAAUGAGCAGUGUGGGCUACAAGGCAUCCUGGGUAAUGAUGGUGUGGCUGUUGAAUCAUGUUACACUGUGUGUCUGGCUGGUGGGGGGGAGUGGUGGGGGUGAGAGGAAUCAGGGAGAGUGAGAGGAGAUUUGGGAAGGGACAUGAGGGAGUGGGGGGUGAGAUGAUGUGAGGGUGGAUGUGCGGAGCGGAUUGAGUGCAGUGUGUCUCUCUUUGUUCCCCUCCACAUUCUCUCUCUCUCUCUCUCUCUCUCUCUCUCUCUCUCUCUCUCUCUCUCUCUCUCUCUCUCUCUCUCUUUCGCUCUCUCUGGUGGACAGGGCUUUGGGCAUGAAUUCAGAUGUUGCUGGACGAGGCUGUCAGGUCUCUGCUCUCUCACCAUAUCUCUCCCUGAGUGACGGCUCACUUCCCGGACUGGGAGAAAGUUAUAAGAGGCACUGCAGAGGCAGAGUGAGAUGAGUGGGAGAUUGAGUCUCACCUAAGGAGAGAAGUGGAGUUCUUAUCCUCCUAUCUUUACCACAGUUCAUCGCCUUUGAGUGAAUGUGCGAGAUCGCAGCUUUAAAUUGCCUUGAGCUACUUGAGGAGAAUGAUCUUCUCGCUGCCCGGUCAGACCUCAAUCAACGCCCCCAGAGGAAGACCUCACUCCACCCACUCACACAGGCCCCUCCUUAAGAACACACUAAGAGGCAAAAGUUCUGAAUAGCAUAUAGCCUGGAUACUAUCCAUCUACAUGCGGACAUUUUGUCAGAUGUAAAUCAACCAUCUAGGGAUUUUGAUUAAGUGAUUUCAGACGAAGCACCUCAAAAGAAGAGAAGCUUUGGUGUAUCUACAGUUUUCUCCAGUGUGAGUGAAUGCUAAAAUAAUAUGCAGCCAGAGCACACAGUAAAAGCCUGAUUCAAACUGCCACCAUGUGGCCGGAUGCGCAUCACAGGCCCAACAAUGCACUGCCGCCCUAGACUGCCCAGGGUAUGUGUGGAUGUGCGUGAGUGCGUGCGUGUGAGUGUGUGUGCAUGUGCGUGUUGUCUGUGACCCGGUGGGAUGCCGAGGUCUGGGCUGGCCCUGGUCCUCUGGCUGGUCCUCUGGUGGUUGCUGCUGGCUGGGUCUCUCCUCUUGGCUCCAGGACCCUGCCGGGGCUGACCCCUCUCUCUGCUCCUCUCCUCUCGCCCCCGACCAGGCUCUGAGUUAAUGCCCAAAGCCCUGUCCACCAGGAUCGUAGGAGGCAUCUGGUGGUUCUUCACCCUGAUAAUCAUCUCUUCCUACACGGCCAACCUGGCUGCCUUCCUCACCGUGGAGAGGAUGGAGUCGCCCAUCGACUCGGCUGACGACCUGGCCAAGCAGACCAGAAUAGAGUAUGGAGUGGUGGAGGACGGAUCCACCAUGACCUUCUUCAAG